AUGGCUACCAAGAAGCCCAACAUCCUCUACAUCAUGGCUGACCAGAUGGCUGCCCCCCUUCUGGCCUUCCAUGAUAAGGAUUCUCCCAUCAAGACCCCCAACCUGAACCGGUUGGCGGAUGAGGGUGUGGUCUUCGACUCAGCCUACUGUAACUCUCCGCUAUGUGCGCCGUCCCGUUUCGUCAUGGUGACCGGCCAAUUGCCCUCCAAGAUUGGAGCCUACGAUAACGCUGCCGACUUACCCGCUGAUAUCCCCACUUAUGCCCAUUAUCUGCGCCGGGAGGGCUAUCACACCGCUCUGGCUGGAAAGAUGCAUUUCUGUGGGCCCGACCAGCUGCACGGUUAUGAGCAGCGUCUGACGAGCGACAUCUACCCCGGUGACUAUGGCUGGUCUGUCAAUUGGGAUGAGCCGGAAAUCCGUCUCGAUUAUUAUCACAACAUGUCCUCUGUUAUGGACGCGGGUCCUGUUGUGCGGACCAACCAGCUUGACUUUGAUGAAGAAGUUAUAUAUAAAUCCACCCAGUAUCUCUACAACCAUGUCCGACAGCGUGGUGAUCAGCCAUUCUGUCUGACGGUGUCUAUGACUCACCCUCAUGACCCUUACGCCAUGACCAAAGAAUUCUGGGACCUGUAUGAAGGUGUUGACAUUCCUUUGCCGAAGAACGGUGACAUGCCACAAGACCAGCAGGAUCCCCAUUCGCAGCGUGUUCUGAAAUGCAUUGACUUGUGGGGCAAAGAAAUGCCUGAAGAACGGAUCAAGGCCGCUCGCCGCGCCUACUAUGCCGCUUGUACCUACGUUGAUACUAACGUCGGCAAACUGUUGAAGGUUCUGGACGAUUGUGGCAUGACUGACGACACAAUCAUCGUGUUUACCGGUGACCACGGAGACAUGUUGGGUGAGCGCGGCCUUUGGUAUAAGAUGACCUGGUACGAGAAUUCGGCGCGUGUGCCCAUGAUCGUGCAUGCACCUAAGCGUUUUGCUCCGAAGCGUGUACCCCAGAAUGUGUCGACAAUGGACUUGUUGCCCACCUUUGUCGAUCUGGUUGGCGCGCAGUUGGUUCGGGAGCUACCCCUGGACGGUGUGUCGUUGCUUCCAUACCUGACAGGCGAGGACGGCCUCAAGACCGAUACCGUGUUGGGCGAGUACAUGGGUGAAGGGACACAGUCCCCAGUGGUAAUGAUUCGCCGUGGCCGCUGGAAGUUUGUGUACUCGCUGAUUGACCCACCUAUGCUCUUCGAUGUGAAGACAGACCCUGAAGAGAAGGUGAACCUGGCGGCCGGUUUGCCUAUUCCGGCGCAACUGAGUGCGGCCAAACAUAUCUCAGGAUCGCAGUUGCAACCAGCGUCUUUGCCUACUCCAGCUGAGUCCCCGCGUAUAUCGCCUCGGCCGCAGCGUGGUGCAUCGUCGGCAUACCCAUUCCCGAGCCCCCCACGGACUCCUAGUCCAGGCAAAGGAUUGCCUGAAAUGCCGACCACUACCGAGCCUGCCAAGGUCCUAGCAUACUUCUUGGAAGAAGCGCAAGCCCGUUGGGACCUGGAGAGCAUCACGGAAGAUGUCCUGCGGUCACAGCGCCGGCGACGCCUGGUUUAUUCGGCUUUGAUCAAGGGUAACCCGGCCUUUUGGGACUACGAGCCGCGUAUUGACCCCAGUACCCAAUACGUGCGCAACCAAGGCAAGGGUGUUUUGGACGAUGUUGAAUUUAUUUCUCGUUGGCCCCGUGUGUUGCAGCAAGCCGCCAAUGCUACGGGCACCAAGAUUUGA